AUGUUUUUUGUGAAGUUCAUUCCCACAUUUCCUGUCCUACACCGUGCUACUUUUGUCUUUCGAGAUUGCGCCCGUACCCUACUCCUGAAUGCCAUUGCCAUUGGAUCGCUGUAUCUAGGACCAAAGGAUGCAGUAGCGAAGGGCGAGACCUUGUGGCACCUUGCUCAUACUGCUAUUGCUACAUCUUGGCAGAAUCUGAUCACCCACCGCGGAGAAUAUGAUGCCUGUGAAGGUGUCCAGCUGGUCAUCACUGCUGUGCUGGGUCAAGUAUACGGAACUCUUUCGAAGAACCGAGCCAUCCGGACUACGAGCCAGGCGUUCCAUUCUCUAGGCUUCGUUUGGGCGCGGCGAAGCGGCAUGUUCGAUAGUGAACCAUUCGAUCUGAGCAGCGUCCCAUCGCUGGACGCACCAGAGGCUGAGAAAGAACGUCAAUGGCGAACCUGGGUAUCUCGAGAAAUCCAGCAACGAGCACUACUGGCGCAUUACAUGUUGGAUGGGCUUAUUUCACAGAUGUCUGGCGAGCCCACUUCAGUCCGGCAUGCGACCAACCAACUGCGCCUACCCAGCAGCGAGGCUGCAUUUGAAGCAUCAACUGCCAACGAGUGGAUCUCAAUUAUGCGCUCAACCUCUGCAGCUGAGACGACUUCUUUCCGAACUAUACUACGCCAAUUAUUUCGACCGAGUAUUGAAAAGCGCUGGAUAGACACACCGCUUUCCGCGUUUUCCUACAAAGUAAUUCUUGAAGGUCUCCAAUCAUUGAUAUCGGACGAUGAUACCGAAGAAACGGCUGUUGGCGUACCCACCCGAUCCGAGGUUCGGCAUGCACUAAACCAGGUGUACGAAAGCGUUACAACAAAUUCUUCCCUCUCGUGCAACGACCGCCUUGAAACACUCCUACGCUGGCACUCCAUAUGCUUGGACACAGUAAUCGAUUCCUCAUUGCUCUGCAGAAACCUUUGUUCCAGAUACGAAAUUACACAGUACAUUUGGCGCAAUGCCGAGCCAUCGAAGAGUAGCAUGGAUCUAGUGAGCUGGGUAGCCACGCCUGCGGCACGCAGUGCCCUGCUCCAUGCCAUGGCGAUCCAAGAGCUCGUCGAACAACUUCCGCGCGGUCGAGCUCACGCUAUCCAUAUGCCGAGCUCCCUCUUUUCAGCCGCAACUGUGUACUCGGUAUUCACCCUGGCAGGGCAGCCGGUCUUGCAGAUUCCUUGCACAGUUGUUUGGCAAGACGUCCUCUCGAGCGGGAGACAGCCUACCAGCAACUCCUACCUCUCACUUUCCGAACUGUCAACCUCAAGCCAGAUGCUGCUGCACGAGACGGACACCCUAAGAUACAUUCACGGAGAUGUCUUAUAUGGCUCAAGUGGAACGUCGAGAAAUCUGCUUUACGAACUGAAUUCAAUUCACAAGCUAUUUAGGUGCUUGUAUGCGCAAUGGGGAAUCGCAUUUGACAUGGAGAAUGUGGUGGAACAAUGGAUUGGGAUAUGCCACUAG